AGGAAUUAGAGACAGAGAAACAUCAGAUGGAGCUGGCAGUUAAACGAAUAGAGGAUGAGUUUCAAAGAAGACAUGCAGAACUUGAUAGAUAUGCCAAGGAGAAAGAAACCGCUUUGACAGCUUGCAAAGAGAGUCACAAUGAGAGGGAGCGGUCACUACAGGAUACAAUUCGGGAACUACAGUCGCAAACGGAAACAAAAGAUGUUGAGAUUAGAAGAUUAACAUGGGCUCUUGCAGAUAACACUAAAGAAAAAGAUAUACAACUUGAAAAAAUGCGCAAACAGUUAUCGGAUUUCAAGUGUAAUUCUGAUUCUAAGCUGGCUGAUGUGUCACAUAGCGUUGUUGCUAAAGAUCUUGAAAUACAAGCUCUUAGAGAAACUGAUGGUAAACUACGAAGUGAACUUGCACAACGGAAGGAAGAUGUUGCAAGAUAUAAAAAAGAAUUGUCUCAGGCCAUGGAACGGGAAGCGUCCUUGGAAAGAAGCAAAACACAGGUGGAGCUGGAUUGGCAAAGACGAUGUGAAGAUCGUGAACGUAUACAGUAUCAGAAAUCUGAGGAAUUAAUAUCUAAAAUAACAACAGCCAGAGAUGAGGCAAUAGCACUGGUGAAAGAACGUGAAAGAGAACUUCAGCAAAGAGAAGACUUGAUCCGAGUUUUGAGCCAGGAUCGAGAUGAAGCGAUAGCAACACUGCGGCAACAUGGCUUGACUGUCAACAGACACAUCAUACCUACAAGAGACACUGCUGAUGACCAGGAUGCACCCGCCUCACAGCAGAUUCAACUCUUGCAACAACAAAAUGAGAGUUUAAAACAAGUGAUCCGAACAAUGAGGGAGGAAAUGGAAUCUUUUGAAGAGAAGAGAAAAUCUGACACUGCAGAUCAGAAGAAAAUGAACAAUCAAGACUGUGGAGAUCGUGAUGGACCAAUCACAGAAGACUAUGUACGUGCAUUGGAGACAGAAGUGAGAGAACUAAAAGCAAGAAGCCGAGAGUUAAAGGACACUGAUGAGAGGAAAUCAGAUAAGACAUCAAAACCGGUAAUGGAUAAACCACUUGGAAGCAUUCCAGUUAAUGCGGAUAAUGCUUAUGUCAGAAGUCAUAUACAGUCACUCAAUGAUACGAUAGGAGCACUAAGAGCUGAUAAAGUUGAAGCAGUGACUCAAAUAAAGAAACAACAAACUCGGAUUGAACACCUAGAUGCAGUAAUGAGUAAUGUAACACAGGAGGCCAAACAAAAGCAGCUUGAGGCUGACCAGUUACAAUAUGAACUCAAUGCACAGCAGAGGAGAUCUACUACUGAGAUAAGUGCACUGCAACAACAGGUAUCUGAGCUAAAGUUACAGUUAAAAGAGACCAGGAAAGAAGCAGAUGAAUACUUCAAGAAUGGCUUAGAAAGAAACUUGGAAGCUACUUCAUUGGGACAAGAAAUUUCUUCUCUGAAGAUGGACCUUGCUAGUAGGAAACCUGCUAUUUUAACUGGAAGUCAGGAUGCUCUGGUUCAACAAUUACAAAAUGAAGUACAGUAUUUGAGAAAUGAACUUUACAACGCAGGAAAAGAAGAAUUGACAGGAGGUAGUGAAAGCACUGCUGUAUUACGUGCGAAACUAAAAGUUGCUGCUAAACAUAUAACACAGCUUGCAAAAGAAAGACAGAGGCUUAUUGAACUAGGAAAUAAACUACGAUCUGAACUUCUGAAAUACACUGCUACUUCCCAAGAUCCACCACCAAGACAACAUCCAGGUGUUGUUCCACAAGGAAACCCAUGGAAACAACCACCGCAUCAAUCUCGUUACCCAGGGCAACAGCUACAUCCAACACAACAGACAAAGCCAACAUCAGGUGCACAGUUGGUGGAUGACUUCCAGUCCAAACUAAGCAAUCUAGAAAAACUUCAGUAUGAAUUAACGAAGCAGGAGCUGAGAUUUGCCCAGAGACAGUCACCAGAGAAAGUGUUACAGCCAACUCAGGAUGUACCUCGACCUAAUGUUGAUCAAAGGCAGCAACAGACAGGUUACUCAGCAGAUUUGCAAACUACAAUGAGUACGGUGAGGUCAGCUGGAUCGCCAUUAUUGAUGAGUCUAUCGUCCUAUGGGGAUGGCUCCAUACAGGAUGUUUGGAGAAUUCUGGAUGAGGGUCCAAGUCCAAGUCCAACAUUUAGGAGAAGUCCAUCACCGUAUCAUAAUCAGCCACUCCAUCCAUCAGGUGAUUUUGAGCCAAGGCCCACUAUCCCAGACGGAAACCCAAGUCAUAAUUUGGAUGUUGCAGGUGUUCGACCAGCAAUGGAGGAAAGACAGAAGCAUGAAAAGAAACAAUUAUCAAAUCUAGCAGCUGGAAAGUACAAGAAAUCACAACCUAAACAGGCAAUAAGAAACUAUAAUACAAAAUAGAUCAACAUCUACAGUUUAUCAGAAUGAGACAAGUUUUUUUUACGUUUACAUGUAAAUCUAUUGCCCAUGGCUGUAACACUGAAUAAAAGAUACUAUG